UCCCGCCGCCCUCCCAGCGCGCAGGUGCGCGCCCCGCGCCGCCCACGCGCGGUGUGUAGCUACUCGCCGGCCCCGAACUUCGUGUCCGGACGGGGGGUCUCGGCAGCCCCGGAGAGCGCGGAGGGCGCAGCUGGCCCGGCCGGUGGCCCCGACGUCAGCGGAGCCCGUUUGUUACCGAGCCGCGCCUCCCGCGGAGCGGGUGCCGUGAGACCCCGCGCUGCCGCCGCCGUGUCCGGGCCGCAGGGUCCCGCCGGGCUGAGGCGGUGGCAGCUUUGCGGGCCGGGGCACUGCGGGAGCUGCAGGAGGCACCUCUGAGGCUUCGGGCCGGCCGUUCCGCGCUCGCUGCCAUCAGGCGGCCCCACUGGGAGCGCAGAGCAGCGCCGGGCUCCGGCAGCAGCCCCGCACCCCGGGGUGUGCGCAGACCUGCGUCCCCGUAUCCCAUGCGGCUGCCUGCGCACUCCCACCGGGAGAGAACGCGAGUUACCGUGCCUCACACACCGAUCGGCGGUUUUAAAUCUCGAUAAACAGAUUUUCAACUGUGCAAUGGAAAACUUCAGAAGAAAAAUCUGUCCCUAACGGAGAGUAACCUUCUACCCGACAGCAACGGGCCCCAAGGCAGCUGCCUCUCUUCUGGCUCUCCGCUGCUCCCUAUGGCUGCCCGUCUGCCGGCGGUCUGUGUUGUGUUGCGGUUCCUUAAGGGCAGGGAGUGUGGUGCGUGCAGCGCGUCUCCCAGCAGGAUCGCAGGAAGGAAAAAAAAAUGGGAAAAGUAGGCAAAUCUGUUACUCUUCUUUCAACGACCGCCCUUCCCACCGGCCGGGCAGAAGUCCCGUUGCUUGGGGCGCUCAGCAGCGGGACCGCCGGGGGACAGACCUGGCAGACCGGGCUGUGGCGGGCACCGAGCAGCGGUGACACGUGAGGUUGCAAUAAAACGUCCCGUGUUUACAAUACACGACACUGUUAAUUAAACAGAGGGAGAAGUUCCGCUGCGUUUCAUCCCUUCAGCUAAACCAUAAACAUGAAGAAAUUAAAGCUGAAAGAACUGGAAAGCUGUCUUCAAGAAGUCGAUACUUUUGACAGUCCAAAACUACUCCUUGAACAGUAUCCAACAAGACCCCAUAUCGCAGCAUGUAUGCUUUAUACAAUUCACAAUACUUUUGAUGAUAUUGAAAACAAAACAAUUGCAGAUUUAGGAUGUGGUUGUGGCAUGCUCAGCAUUGGAAGUGCAAUGUUAGGAGCAGGAUUCUGUGUGGGAUUUGACAUAGAUGCAGAUGCACUGGAAAUAUUUAAUAGCAAUAUUGAGGACUUUGAGCUCACGAACGUCAACAUGGUUCAGUGUGACAUCUGUUCUUUAUCUGGUAGCAUGUCAGAUGCUUUUGACACAGUUAUUAUGAACCCUCCGUUUGGUACCAAGCAUAAUAAAGGAAUUGAUAUGAUUUUUCUGAAAACUGCUCUGCAAAUGGCAAAAACAGCUGUAUAUUCCCUUCACAAAACUUCAACACGGCAGCACAUUCAAAAGAAAGCAGAUGAAUGGGAAGUGAAGAUGGAAGUCAUAGCAGAACUUAGAUUUGACCUACCAGCAUCAUACAAGUUCCAUAAGAAGAAAUCAGUUGACGUUGAAGUGGAUUUCAUUAGAUUUUCUGCCAAGAAACUCCUGAACUGAGGCAUGUCUUUAAAACCUAUUGAAAAUGGAACAAUAAAACCGCUAAUUUUUUAAAAUUUUUA